AUCCAUCUAUCGUCCGUCACCCAUCGUCUGUCGCCCAUCAUCCGUCGCAUCCACAGCGAGCCAAUCUGACAACCGCAUGCCCCGAUAAUCGUCUAUUCAGUUACCUCAAUUGUAAUUGUCGAGGCGCAUCUUCAACCAGCCCUCCUCACCAUUGCUUGACGUCCAUUCGCACUCCCUCCCCCGUCUUGUCAGCCACUCCUCCUCACACCUUCCACCCCUGACGGCAAUGAGCAAGAUCCCCGAACGCGCGCCCCCAGCACCGCAUCCGCGACGACCGUACCCCUUCUGGUUGGGCGGUGUUGCGGCGUCGUGCGCGGGCGCUAUUACCCAUCCCUUAGACCUGACAAAGGUCCGCUUGCAGACGUCCGAGGACAAGAAGAUGAUCCAGAGCUUUAGGCGGACGGUGGGGACGUAUGGCGUCCGAGGCUUGUACGACGGCCUCACCGGCACGCUCCUCCGACAAAUGACGUACUCGCUAAUGCGCUUCGCAGCAUACGACCAUAUCAAAGCGGAGCUGCACCAGGGCCCGGGCCCGCCUCCUGCGUGGAAGCUGGCGCUGGCGGGCUCGUGCGCCGGCGGGAUCGCAGGCAUGAUCGGGAACCCGGCCGAGCUGAUGAUGGUGCGGAUGCAAGCGGACCGGGGCAAGCCGGCGGGCCAGCGCUACGGAUACCGCAACUCGGUGCAGGGGCUGUACCGGAUGGCGGCGGAGGAGGGGGUGUCGUCGUGGUUCCGGGGCGUGGUGCCGAAUGGCGUGCGCUCGGUGCUGAUGAACGCGUCGCAGCUCGGGUCGUACGACUGGUUCAAGCACCAGUUGCUGGGGCUGAGCAAGCUCGAAGACGGGCCGGCCGUGCACUUCCUCGCCUCGAUCGGCGCGGGGACCGUCGCUACGACCGUGUGCUCGCCGGCAGACGUCAUCAAGUCGCGUAUUAUGAAUGCGCACGAUAAUGCCGGCCUCGUGAAAGUCAUCACGGAGUCGGUGGCUAAAGAGGGCCCCGGCGUGUUCUUCAAGGGAUGGCUGCCGGCGUGGAUCCGUCUCCAGCCAACUAGUAAGAAGCACGCGGGCAAAGCUGACACCAGCCAUCCUCAUCUUCCUCACGCUCGAGCAGCUCAAGGCGGGCGUGGACAGAUACCGCCAAGCAGGCGGGACGUUGCUGUGAGCGACAGCAUCUGGUCUAUUUGUCGAGGCGAGGAGGCGAGCAAGUGUAUUCCAGCGGCUCGCGGGCUGAGGCGGGAGGGCAGUCGCGCCGAUCCGCGCGCUCCCGAGCCUGCGGCCCCGCAUCAAGAUUCCACGGGUUGUAGAAGCAAGCAGUAAUUCCGUCCGGAUCUGAUGGUGGAUGGUGGAUGGCGGUGGCGAAGGACCGAGGGCGUGACGGUCCAGGGCGACAGUAUGACAAUGGCAUGCCAAGUCGCGUCGGUCGGUGGCAUGUGAGUGCGGUAUGAGGCAUGGACCGGGGGAUCUUGGGGUGGCCCGAGGAUGCUCCGGGGAUGGCCCGAGCGGGGGUGUGUUCUGUGAGGAGGUCUGCAUGAAAUCAUCUGGCACCAUCUGGUAACAUCAAGGUAGCUGAAGCGCGCUUAUGGCGAUGCUGAGGAUAUUCGAGGACAUGAAAGGAGAAACAAUGGCCAG